AUGCAACAGCCAAAUUCUUCCUAUGUAAGUGUAUGUUCCUCAACUCCAGACUCCUCAACUCCAGGUUCCUUGUCUCGAGCUUCAAGUCCACAUUCACGCUCUGCAGACGAGGAGGCAUUCUUGGAAUGUAUCGAAGCUAUCAAAGCCAAUCUAGGAGACGUCAACGUUAUCAAAAAAGCUAGCGAUAAAGAAAAAAAAUGGUGGAUUGAUGGAAAUUAUAAGGCUAUCGAUGAGGAAAGACUGCCUCUGCGUCUCAUGGAAAAUGUAACGUACCGUGAAUAUGAAAAGAAAAGUGAAAUUGCAAACGCAGGCAGAUUUUGGGAGUUUGAUGAUGGCGUUGUAAUCAUAUAUGAGUUGCCAAACCGUGAUCAUGAGGUUGCACACACUGCAUUUUCUCGACAAUUUCUAUCCGCCUUCACCAAUCUACAAUUUCAAGAUGAUGUUACGGGUGCUGGCGCGACAACUUGUCUUGGUUCGGGGCGAAGAUCUGCCAGACAAGCGGACACUUCAUUUGUGCCCAAUCGCUUACCUAUACCAUCUCCUCAUCCAAGUGAUGCUCAGGGUAAUCCCUGGCCAACCGUAGUCUGUGAGGUUGCCCGAUCCCAAAGCCUUCCACAUAUACUCCAAAAAACCAAUUCGUUCUGGUUAGCCCCAAACCGAUCAGAAGAUGUGAUAGUACUCAAACUAUGGCCAUGGAAUCGUAGGAAGGAUACAAAUGGGCGCCCAUUGCGUCGCUUAACAUGUUAUAAGUUUUGUCGUCGUGCAAGCCUUCAAGCAGGUCAAGCACAAGGAAGGUUCCAACCAGUCCAAACGUACGAAUUUGGGACCAUUGAUAGACAUCGAAGACCUUAUAAUGGUUGCUCAGCCCAGGGAAUGCUUACUGUGACAAUUGCGCCAGAAUGUGUUUAUGAAGGUUGUACUCCACCAUAUCCGCCGUAUCCGCUUGCAGGGAACCAAGAAAAUGUCGCAGUCACAGCAGUCACAAGCAACGCAAAAAGCCAGGGAAUUGCCUUUCUAUUUGUCGAAUUAGUUGAGAAAUACAGUAAAUUCGGAUUAAAGCCCUGUGAGAUGAAGGAAUCGCAAGAAUGGCGAUAUGCUAGUGGAGGUCAAGCAACUAAACGUCUUGCACUUUAUCGUGAUUUUAUACCUGAACUCAUAGACUUCGAACCUUUUUUAAACUCUUAUUCUAUUUGUGAAAAACAUUAUAGCCAAAUUAUAUCUACUAAUUACUUUUAUCAACAGCUUUUAGAUGAUUCUCUUAUUAAUUAUAACAAACGAUGUUGA